UUAUUAGAUGAUUGUGAAACUUCCGCUUUUAUGUACGAAACCAACAUUUCGCAUGUUAAAUUAUCACGUGACUCACUACGUUCUUUUUCCUGCGAGUCCCACUGAUAGGACACCACUAUUUUGUAGAGAGGUUGUCCAUCUAGACUCAAUUAAAAAUGGUGAACUUCACGGUAGACCAGAUUCGGAACAUUAUGGACAAUAAAAGGAAUAUCAGGAACAUGUCUGUGAUCGCUCAUGUCGAUCAUGGCAAGUCCACCCUGACCGAUUCACUUGUCAGUAAAGCUGGUAUCAUUGCAUCAGCCAAAGCAGGUGAAACUCGUUUCACAGAUACUAGGAAAGAUGAACAGGAACGAUGUAUUACUAUCAAGUCAACAGCAAUCUCUCUUUUCUAUGAACUGGAGAAAGAUGACAUGAAAUAUAUCAAGCAAGAAUUUGACCCAGAAAACACCCACUUUUUGAUUAAUCUGAUUGACUCUCCUGGGCAUGUUGACUUUUCCUCUGAGGUCACUGCUGCAUUGCGUGUAACUGAUGGAGCCUUGGUCGUUGUAGACUGUGUAUCUGGUGUAUGUGUACAGACUGAAACUGUUCUUAGACAAGCCAUUGCGGAAAGAAUCCGCCCAGUUCUGUUCAUGAAUAAAAUGGAUUUGGCUUUGUUAACUUUGCAGCUUGAGGCUGAGGAUCUUUACCAAACAUUUCAAAGGAUCAUUGAGAAUGUCAAUGUUAUUGUUGGUACCUAUGGUGAGGACGAUGGUCCUAUGGGAAACAUUCAGGUUGAUCCUAAAAAUGGAACAGUUGGCUUUGGUUCUGGACUGCACGGAUGGGCCUUUACUUUGAAGGACUUUGCCAAGAUGUAUGUAGGCAAAUUUAAAAUUGAUGAAGCAUCUUUAAUGAAACGACUUUGGGGAAACCAGUUUUAUAACAACAAAGACAAGAAAUGGUACAAAGAACAAACUGAAGGUUCUGUCAGAGGAUUUACCAACUACAUUCUUAAGCCCAUUUAUGAGAUCUUCAAUACUUGCAUGACAAAAAGUAAAGAGGAUGCUGUUACUCUAGUUGAAAAACUGGGAGUCAAACUCACUGCUGAAGAAAAAGAAAGUGAAGGAAAACCAUUGUUGAAGACUGUCAUGCGUAAAUGGCUACCAGCUGGGGAUGCUAUGCUUCAGAUGAUAGUAAUUCAUUUGCCAUCACCAGUCACUGCCCAGAAAUACAGAGCUGAGCUUCUCUAUGAAGGUCCUUUUGAUGAUGAGUGCUGCACAGCCAUCAAAGCAUGUGAUCCCAAAGGUCCUCUUAUGAUGUACAUUUCAAAAAUGGUACCGACAAGUGACAAAGGUCGCUUUUAUGCUUUUGGACGUGUUUUCUCUGGUAUUGUUGCUACUGGUCAGAAAGUUAGAAUAAUGGGACCCAAUUAUUUGCCUGGCAAAAAGGAAGAUUUGUACGAAAAGACAAUUCAGAGAACUAUUUUGAUGAUGGGCCGUUACACUGAGUCCAUUGAAGAUGUUCCUUGUGGUAACAUUUGUGGUCUUGUUGGUGUGGAUCAGUUCUUAGUGAAAACAGGCACUAUUUCAACUCAUAAAGAUGCCCAUAACAUGCGUGUCAUGAAAUUCAGUGUCAGCCCUGUUGUUCGUGUGGCUGUUGAAUGCAAAAAUCCUUCUGAGUUGCCUAAGCUUGUUGAGGGGCUUAAAAGAUUGGCCAAGUCAGAUCCUAUGGUUCAAUGCAUUAUUGAAGAGUCUGGCGAACACAUUAUUGCUGGUGCUGGUGAACUUCAUUUAGAGAUCUGCUUAAAAGAUUUAGAAGAGGAUCAUGCUGGCAUUCCUAUUAAAGUAUCAGAACCUGUUGUUUCUUACAGAGAAACUGUCAGUGCUGAAUCAGAAAUCAUGUGUUUGGCCAAAUCUCCUAAUAAACACAAUAGGCUUUUUAUGAAAGCUGCACCAUUACCAGAAGGCUGUGCUGAAGCUAUCGACAAGGGAGAUGUUGCUCCCAGACAAGAAGUCAAAGAACGUGCCCGUUUCUUGAGUGAAAAAUUUGACUUUGAUGUUACUGAGGCUAGAAAGAUCUGGUGUUUUGGUCCUGAAGGUACUGGUCCUAAUCUCCUUAUUGACUGCACCAAGGCUGUUCAAUAUUUGAAUGAAAUCAAGGACAGUGUUGUAGCUGGUUUCCAAUGGGCAACCAAAGAAGGUGUACUUUGUGAAGAGAACAUGAGAGGCUGCAGAUUUAAUCUGUAUGAUGUGACACUACAUGCUGAUGCUAUUCACCGUGGUGGUGGUCAGAUUAUCCCCACAGCAAGAAGAGUUUUGUAUGCAGCUGCACUGACAGCUGAGCCAAGGCUACUUGAACCAGUAUACUUGGUCGAGAUUCAGUGUCCUGAUCAAGCUGUUGGUGGUAUUUUCGGAGUACUUAACAGAAGACGUGGAGUGGUCUUUGAUAACCAGCAAAUUGGAAAUACACCACAGAUCACUGUAAAAGCCCACAUGCCUGUAAAUGAAUCUUUUGGAUUUACUGCAGAUCUGCGCUCUAAUACAGGAGGCCAAGCCUUCCCACAGUGUGUCUUUGAUCAUUGGCAGAUUUUGCCAGGUGACCCUAAGGACCCAGCCACCAAACCAGGCCAAAUUGUUAUUGCCUCAAGAAAGCGUAAAGGGUUGAAAGAGGGCAUCCCACCACUUGACAACUUCCUUGACAAAUUGUAAUAGUGAUUGCAACAUAAUUUGUACAUUUUCUGUCUAGUUUACCAGCUUUUGUGACAUUUCCUGGGUCAGGGUUAAAACCAAUUUUAAUGGUCCAUAAGAAAUCUGCUUUGGUUUGAACAGUUUAAGUUCAUUGUUACUAGUCCUGAAGUGAUAUGACAAGUAACACUAAAUGAUUAAAAUAUUUUGAAUCUGAAUACGAAUUAUUCUAUUCGAUGGUCAAUAAACCUCCUAAAUUAAA